GUAGACGGCAAGCAAGCCUCGUUUCGAAUCGAAUCGGAUUGUACUGGACUGGACUGGAUUGGAUUGAAAACAUUGAAUAGUAUAGGAUUGAACUGGAUUGAACUGAACUGGAUUGGAUCGGAUAGGAGCGAACGCAUCUGAAGCGGGAAUCCUUGCAUCGCACGAACCACGAAGGAAAAGGAAUUGCCCAAAACCCGAAGCAGUGGCAAUGGACGGCCCGAAGCCACCUCCAACGGGCGCCAAUCCCCCCGUCGGAGACCCCGGCGGUGCUUCCGGCAAGCCGCCGGCAACAGCAACGGAUGCCGCACUGUUCACGACGUCCAAAACGACCAAGGCAAGCGCGUCACCGAGGGCGGCGGCGGGGGCGUCUCCCCCGCGGACCCUGCGGGAAACCGUUCACACCAGUGUCCUCGGGAGAGACGCCGGGGACUCGGAGCGCAUCCCCAGCGGUGCGGGUGGUUCCUCGAAGCAAGGGAGGUCUUCCCGGGCGGGCGGGAGCGGACCCUACCAGCCGAUCGCGUCUCCCGGGGAACCGGCCGCGAGCCAGGCCGAGCACGGGUGGUGGGGAACCCGCCUGUUCGGGGGGGCCAACGGCCGGGAGGACCGCGGCGGAAGCAAGGGUGACGCGGAGGGGAGCAACGGAAGCAGCCACGCCCGCAAGCAGAGGAGGAGCGGAAAGGCCCGCUACAGCGGGAUCGAKCAGGAGGUCUCCCGGUACGAUCCCCCGCCGCAGCUCCCGGCCCCCACGGACGCCACGGUGGCUUCGACCUCGGCCUCCACGGCCACCUCCACYGCCACCCGGGAAGACCGCGUCCGGGAGGAYUGUUCCUAUUUCUACCGGGGAAUGGAGGAGCACCAGCCGCAAGCGCAUCCCGCCGAUCCACACCGCACGGCUCCCUUCCACAAGACAAAGACGCACCGGGGAUCCGGCCGGACCGCCGCCGCCGCCAAUUCCCUGCUGCGGCGCAUGUCGGUCCGGGCCCGCCUGUCCGGAAGCGUCGACGGGGCCCUCUUCAUGAGCAAGUACGAACGGCUCAACCAGGUGAUCGACUCGCCCCGCCACAAGCACCGGAGGGCCAGGGGCUCACGCCACGAGCGGGGCCAGCCCUACACCGGAAACGACAACACCCAGGGGCACAACCACGACCUCUUCCUCGACGAGGAGACGGUCGAGGACGAGGUGGGGGGGAACGCCGACUCGWCCUCCUCCUACCGGGAGCACAUUCCCUCCCCGACCAACAACGUCGUCAUGGACCCGACCCUCUUCCGGGCAAACCGGUCCGGCCAGCGGGUCCAGGUCCGGUCCAGCAUGUUCUUCGAGCAGGACGGGAGGAUGCUCAUGCGGCUCCCCCGGGACCAGGUCCGGCUGGUGAUGGACUACAACCUCGAGCCGGGGAUCCUCUCGGUCGAGCAGUGGAGGAGCAAGGAGGAGGCGGACCGGACCAUCGAGCGAAUGGCGGUUUCGGCCGACGCCGCAACACCCCGGACGAAGGGCGGCCCCAACCAUGGCUCGCAAACCGAGCGGYGGCGGCGAGACCGCGAAAAGCGGCGCCUGCGGCGAGAAAAGGAACGGGAACGACGCUUGCGCAGRAGGCAAAAACGAAAGGAAAAGAAACAGAAAAAGAAGCUGCUGCGGGAGAAAGCAGCGGCAGCAACAGCAAAGAACGACACGGACGGAUCGGCAACGGARGACCGUGACGCCAGCGGUCACGAUCCGGGGGAUUCGUCGUCCUCGUCGUCCUCGUCCUGGUCCUCCAGCGACUCGGACGCAAGCAGCAGCUGCGACACGUACCUGGACUACGACCUGGAGGAGGGACGCCCCGGCCUCGCCGAGCUCCCCGAGCUCAAGUACGUCAUCACGGUYCCCGACGACCUCUACCGCCGGAUGGUGGGGGAAAUGAGCGCCAAGAUCUUUCCCCCCGCCUGGGGAUUCUUCAAGUGCUGCCACCAGGAAUCGGAGMGGGCCGACAUCAAGCUUGCCCUGGUGAUCCUGGCGGUCGUCAUGGCCCUGCUCUUUGUCGGGUCCCUCGAGUGGCGGACGACCUAGGGGUUGGCCUCGGGUCCGGGGCUUGCGCCGUGUCUUGGUAGGGCCGGGCAAAGCACAGCGCCGCGUAGCGUAGCCAAGCGCAGAUGCGUGGCAGAAAAUAGCGCCAAAGAAAAAAGAAAUCAUCCUUUUUAACUCGUACUAUAGGUUACUACAGUAUUGUAUUCUAGUAGGAAGCAUCGUGGUAUUCGAAAACAACAACGAAUACGACCACCGCUGCAUCACGUAUUUCGACUCUACUGAUCCCGUACGACUACAAACACCAAUAGAAAACUAACGACACA